AUGGAUAGAUUAUUUCCCAAGGAGACUAUCAAGAACACAGCAGAAUCUAUAGGAAUCACGAACCUGAAAGAUAAUGUCGCGGCUACACUAGCACUUGAUGUGGAAUAUAGAAUUCACGAAAUUAUACAGGAAGCGAACAAAUUUAUGCGUCAUUCAAAACGUACUAAACUUACGGGAGAAGAUAUAAAUAACGCGUUACACGUACGAAACGUGGACCCAUUAUACGGAUUUACUUUAACCGAUAAUUCCAAAUUUCAACGAGUAACGACAAAUCAACAUGAUUUAUUUUAUGUCGAUGAUGAUGAAUAUGAAUUUGAAAAUUUGAUUGAUUCGGCAAUGCCCAAAUUACCCACUGAAGUUACAUUUACGGCACAUUGGCUCGCAGUAGCAGGUAUUGUUACGGAUACUCGUAAAAAGGUGCCGACGAAUACAAUUGUUCAAGUACCUAAUGGAGUAGUGACAGGUACACCGGAAAUAGAAGUUAAACCUUUGGUACAACAUAUUUUAUCCAAAGAAUUACAAUUAUUUUAUGAAAAAGUGAUUAAUACUAUGCAAAGUGAAGAUGAUAGUAAAUUGAGAGUAUCUGUGCUUAAUAGUCUAGAACAUGACACGGGAUUAGCACAACUACUUCCGUAUUUUAUACAAUUUAUUUGUGAGAAGAUUGGACAAAAUAUUAAAAAAAAUAGCAUAAUUGUGAAUUCAAUGCUAAAUAUGACAGAUUCGUUAAUUAAUAACAAUAGUUUAUAUCUUGAACCUUAUUUGCAUCAUUUAAUGCCAGCUAUAUUAACAUGUGCUGUAAGAAAGAAAAUUGGAGUAGACUUUGAUAAACAUUGGGAGACGCGAGAAUUAGCGGCGCAUAUACUUGCAAAAAUCUGUGAUAGAUUUGGAGCGAGUUAUAAUACUCUUCAACCGAAAAUCAUACGUACUUUAUUAUCUGCAUUUACCGAUCCAUCCAAAUCAUUAAGUACACAUUAUGGUUGUAUAGUGGCUAUGGGUGCAUUAGGGAGAGAAGUGAUUAGAUCUAUUUUGGUUCCAAAUCUCAAAACUUACUCAGAAAUACUUUCUUUGCAAAAAAAUAAUCGAGAAGCAUUACAAACAAUUGAUCCAUUGAUUAACAAUCAAAUGCGUGAUGAAGAUUUAAGACAAAAAUUGGUAGAUAAAAUAGGGGAAUAUUUUGCCAAAGGAGUUAUGAGUCAAAUUGGAGACGAGCAAGUCAUAAUGGCCAUAAUUAAUUGUUAA